GAUUUAUAGCAGCAUCUGCUUCCUUUCCGUCAUGUUCGGCCUGAGAUUUCUAAGUUUUCUUGCGACUAUCGCCUUCAGUGCAGUGUCCGGCCAGCAGCAAUGCACCAGGCAUUACAAUUUGCUGUCGAACCAGGCGAUCAACAUAACCAGCCUCAACUUUCCGGGGGCCCUGCCGAGUGGCAGCAGUUGCAGGUUCCGCCUGAAGGCUCCCAGCAAUCAUGUGAUCCAGCUGAGCUGUCGCUACGAAGUGUAUCCCGAUACGUGCGGCUCGGAGUUCCUGUUUGUCUCCCGCGACGGGGACCUGCAGUUCCGCGAUGGCGAGCGCUACUGCCGCAUGGGCCAGAUCUCGCGCACCUCCAACUUUCAGUCGCUGGCCCUGGCCUACUACUCGAGCAGCGCGCAGAGCCGCCAGAGAGCGCGGCUCAGCUGCCAGGCCGUGGCCCGUCCGGCGGCCUGCGACUGCGGCUGGUCCUACCCCAAUCGUGUUGCCAACGGCGUGGAGACGGCCAAGCACGAGUAUCCCUCGAUGGUGGGCCUCAGGGACCUGGCCUCCACUCUGCCCAUCUUCUGUGGCGGGACGAUCGUGAGCAAUCGCUUCAUUGUGACAGCUGCCCACUGCACGGUCCGUCAGCCGGUGGCCAGUCGUCUGCUGGCGCUCGUGGGAGAGCACGAUCUAAGCACGGCGAGCGAGUCGAUCUAUGCUGCCCAGCACCGAAUCCUCAGCAUCAUCAAUCAUCCCGCGUACACGGUCACCUCCUCCGGAGAUCUCAAUGACAUUGCUCUGCUGCAGACGGCCACAGCCAUGGAAUGGUCGAGGGGUGUGGCUCCGAUUUGUCUGCCCGUCCGACAGUCCGACAGCGCGUUCAGCUAUCAGAACGUGGACAUCGCCGGCUGGGGGACCCUGGGAUUUGCCGCCGCCAAGUCGAACACUCUGCAGAAGGCCACGCUGCUGACUCUGGAGAACUCGGUGUGUCGCCAGCAGUACAACUCGAGUAUCUCCGCCAGCCAGCUGUGCACGUACGACUCGAGCGGACGGGGCCAGGACUCCUGCCAGUACGACUCCGGCGGCCCGGUUAUCCUGCGCCAGCGCGAACGCAUGUAUUUGCUGGGCGUGAUCAGCUACGGGCGGGCCUGUGGACAGCCCUACGGCAUCGGUGUCAACACUCGCAUCACCUCCCACCUCAACUGGAUGUGGCGCUAUGUGGGCGGGGCGGUCUGUGUGCGUUAAGGAUGUGCAGCAUUGAUUGCUUGUGUAUCUAAAACUAUUCAUAUAUGUAGUCCUUAGCAAUUCCUUAGUCGUACGGCUGGGCGCCUCCUUGGCCUCGGGCUGCCAACGUUGUCAUCGCCGUUGUCUUGAGUUUGCCAAAGUGUUGACAAAGGCCUUAAUUUGCAUUUAAAUUAAAAAGCAGUGACAUGUCUUUGCCUACAUUUAAACAACGUGCAGUACAGCCCCCCCAAUCACACCCCCCCGCUGGCCACAAAAUACAACACCGUCAGGCAUGGUUCUUUCUCCGCAAUAAACUUUUAUCCAAUACCCUA